ACAGGCAGACAGAAAGAAAGAGACUAGUGGGAGGAUGGAUGUAGAAACAGGGACAGACAGACAUGUAAGUUAACAAACAGUCACUGACAAGUAGAUAUGCCUAGUGGUGGAUGAUAGACAUCAAUCCAGAACAUCUUGACAGUGAAUAUCACAGUUGGAGUGGGGAAUUUCAAAAAGAUGACAGAGCAUAUAGGGGGUGUUUUGAUUCUGCUUCUUAUAUACUUGUUGUUAACAGACUUGACUCUUGUAUUGGAAGAAAUGAGGCAGAGUACACAACAGCUAGGACCCGAGGCAAGUCCCGCGCGUAUCAGCCACACAGCAAACAAACCAGUUAAAUGACAACACUCCCCUGUUCAACAAGUCAGCAAAAUCAAUCUGUUUUACUUUCUAAACGGAGGCCGAACUGUGAAUGAGUCCGGUGUGGAAUAGGAGAUAUUCUGAAUGACUCUGGCAUGGUUAGGAGCGUUACUGAAUGACUCUGGUGUGGAAUAACAAUUAUUCGGAACAACUCUGCUCUUCUGGAUGACUGCAGCACAAAAUGAGGAUAGGGACUUAAGUGGAAGGAGAGUAAAGAAAGAGAGAGAUGAGAGGUAGAAAUCGAUAAUAGAGAGAGAACAGAGAAUGCAGGCAAGGGAUAAGAAUGAAAGUGUAAUAGUAGCAAAAAGAGAGAGAGAGAGAGAGAGGAAUAAAGUAACGGGAAGUUAGGUAAUGGUCUUCCACAGGAAAUGGAGUUUGUAGGGGCGGAUUGACUCUGCUUUGAAAUACAUAGAUAAAGGUCGCCACAAAGAGAGAGGGAGCGAGAGAGAGAAAGGGAGGGUUUCAGUAUGCAAGCGAAGAAGGAAUUCCCCCGCCUCUACUGCCCCGGCCAAGAAGUAGUGCGUGUGUGAGAGUGUGUGUGAGAGGAGUGCAUGCAGAAAGGCUUGUCUGGGCAAAUUGCAAAGCGCUUCUCACUAUUUCCAUACUCUGUUGUAAGUCAAAAUUGUGUUUACCCUACAAUAUCGCCUCCUGUUUUCAAUAUGUACCUGGUAUGGAUGCAGGCCUUGUGUAAUAGUCUCUGGAAUAAGGUGGGCAAGUGCUGAAGUCGCGCAACGAAGACAAGACAGGAUGAGAGAGAGAGGCCCCGGCAGAAGAGGAAAAUAGAGAGAAUAGAAAGGAGGGGGAAGAAGAAAAAGUGAGGCGGAGCAAGAGAGGAACGCCAAAGAGAAUCUCUGGGAUAAAUAAAUAAAAAGAUUUGUUUGGAGAAAAGGCAAGCUAGAUGAAAAGAUGAAGCCGAUAAAAAAGCAGGGCCGGCGCUCUCCUCCCUCCACCCGGGCCAAAGGGGGGAAGCGUCGUGGAGCAGGGGAUGCCCCUGAAGGAGGGGAGAAGAGAGACUCAGAUGAGAACAGGGACAGAAGCAGAUCCCCACAAAACCGUACACCAUCCUCUUCCUUUUCGUCUAACUCACACUCAGAGUCCUCCCAGGCAGACCCAAUCCGAGCACAGGACACUUCAGAGGGUGAUGGGUUGUCAGAGACGACAGUAUCACUCGUGAUGGAUUCUGGGAAAUUGUUGACAUCCUCAGAUGAUAGAUCAGGGAGGUCAGCUGUGAGCGGCAGCAGCCACAGUGACAGUGGUGGUAGCAGUUGUAGUAACAGUAGUACACCAAGCGCAAACAACAGCCCAAACCCCGCCUCCAGCCGAAAAACGGCCACCUUCAAGGCCCGCGUUCCCAAGAAGAAGUACACCUCUGAACACUGCUCGUCUACAAGUGGUAACCACAGCAACCCUUCCUCCAGCACGCCCCCUCCUCUUCCUCUCAGUAGUGGGGUCAUCAACCACGGGUCAACGGAUUCAGGAAGUGACAUCGGUGUCUCGCACCCUGAUGGCGAGAGUCAGAGUAGGAGCCUGAUGGACGACUUCCACAGCAGGAGCACUGGCAGGGAAGGGCAUCAGGAUGGCUCCCCAGGACCCCCUACCCUGUCACUGGGAGGGGAGAGGGAAAGGCCUGGAAGAGUUGAAGGGAUGAGAGACGCAGAGCGAGUGUCGCCAAGCCCCCUGCCCCGCUGCUCUUCAACAGACACCGCCAGCGAGCACUCAGCUGACCUGGAGGUAGUUAGCGACACACACAACCUCACACAGAUGUCUACACAUGCACCAUCCAGUCUCCCUGAUGCACUGUCUGACGCCCUGGCAAAAGGGCUGAAGAAUCAGCGUGUCCUAGCCCGCCAGCUCAGGAGAAGAAGUGAGGAGGAGGGAGGAGGCGAAAGGAGGGAUGAAGGGUGUUCAGACUUGGUGUUCCGGGCUGGGGUGGUCCGUAAGGUCAGUGGCGAAUUUGGCAGCCUGGAGGUGCAACUGAAUGGGGAGAAGACGCUGUGGCGUUAUCCAUAUCGACAUGACAGCCCCCCAGGAGUGGUGGACAUUAUCCUAGAUGCCCCACCUCCUGGUGUCCAUCCAAUACCUAUUGGCACCCGUGUCUGUGUACCAUUUGGCAAUGAGGAGGGUAGCGAGGGCCAGUGGCAGUGGUACCGAGAAGGUGUAGUGACCCAGGUGGACACACACCCCGCAGUGGCCAACCGCUACCGUGUCCUGCUGUCUGAGGAAAGAUCUCACUCUGUGGACGAGGAAGAGGAUGGCAGAGUGGCAGCUGGUGCUACCCAAGCAGUGUGGGUCUCCCGACAAACACUCCGGCUUCUGGUACCACCUUGGGACCUGGAUCUGCCAUCAGGAGGAGGACGAGAUGGAGAAGAGGUGGUCAGAGACAAAGACAGGGAGCGGGAAGACAGGGAGGAGAUAGACGUGGAGCAGGAGGUGUGUCGUUUGAGCCGGGGGAUGACACCUGGCGUGGGGUCGGUGUUGGGGAGAGGAAUGCCCUACCCAGGCAUGGUCCCUGUUUCCUCCACAUCGGGCCACAACAUUACCUCCCCAGUAACCCCAGUAUCAGUCCUCAGCCUCGCUCCUGGCCGAGAAUGGGAAAUCGAGAAAGACUUGGAGAGGGAGAGGGACCUCCAGAGAAAACAGGAUAGAGAGAGGGAAAGAGAGCGAGAAAGGGAGAACACUGCAAAGCAGCAGCAGCAUCAACAGCAGCAACUCCACCCAUACAUGCCACUCACCCCCGAAGAAGACAUGGAGGUUUCCCACUUUAACAUGGUCCCAAUGGGGGCAAUCAUACCUGGGGCUAAACCAAUGGUAGGUCCCCAGCAUCGCCACAUUGUCUCUAAGCCCCCGUCUGGCUACCUCAAUCCCCACCUGUCGGUGGUUCGGGGCAUCGGGAUCCCCCCUGCACACCUGGCCUUGAAUCCCCACCCCCCUCCUUCACCUGUCCUGUUAGGCCUUGACCCAGCCGCUGGAGCUGGUGCUGUCAUUACCACCCCCCAGCUCCCUCCACUCCCUCCCAUCUCCUCUUCCACCGCAUCCUCCUCCAGAGUAGAGAAGGCCUCAGGAGGAGGUUCUUCCAGUGGAGGAGCAGGUGGUGGCGGUGGAUCUGGAUCAGGUUCAACUUCCUCCUCCUCCUCACGUUCCCGCACCCCACUGACAGCUGCCCAGCAAAAGUACAAGAAGGGGGAUGUGGUGUGCACGCCCACAGGCAUCCGUAAGAAGUUCAAUGGGAAGCAGUGGAGGAGGCUGUGCUCCCGAGAGGGCUGCUCUAAAGAGUCACAGCGCCGAGGAUACUGCUCCAGGCACCUCUCAAUGAGGACCAAGGAGAUGGAAGCCAGUGGAGGCAGCCGGGAACGGGGUGGAGCCAGCAGCACAGGGACCCUGACGCCAUCUGACCUCCGACUGAGCGGUGGGAGAGCCAGCUCAGACUUUGACUGGGAUGAGACGUCACGGGAAAGCAGUGAAGCCAGCAGUCGUGGGGGAGACUCCCGCCCCCGUUUGGUCCUCCCCUCUCUGCUCCCCCAGGACCUCUCUCGUUUCGAUUUUGAUGAGUGUGAGGCAGCAACCAUGCUGGUCUCCUUGGGGGGCUCCCGCUCAGGCACGCCCUCAUAUUCCCCUAUCUCCAACCAGUCACCCUUCUCCCCUACCCCAUCACCCUCACCCUCUCCGCUCUUCGGGUUUCGCCCUGCCAACUUUAGCCCCAUCACUGCUCCCGCCUCACUUACUCCACGCCGCCAUCGCCAGCUUAGCGGCACUAAGAUGGGCACACCAGGUGCUGAACGAGAACGCCACCUGUCGGGGAUUGUGCCCACUUUUCAGACCAACCUAACUUUCACAGUCCCCAUGAGCCCCAGCAAGAGGAAGCUCGACACCCACCCACCUCCUCCACUGCCCACAGUCCAGGACUACCAGACCAAACCUGAGCAACAGCAGCUGGUGGGCAUGGGGGGAGGGGUGGUAGGAGACUCAAUCCUGGGCCACAACCCUGCUGCCUUUAGAGUCCUCUCCCCCCAGAGUCAGGCCACAACCCCCUCCUCACUUUCCUUCCCCCGGCCCCGUAGUGCCACCAGCAGGCCGCCAUCCUCUGCAGCCUCCACGCCUCCACCCAUGCUGGUCUCUCCCACUCCCCCGUCCCCGCUGCCCCAGGAACCCUCCCCACGCCGUAUUGUGCCCCUCCGCGAUUCCCCAGUCAUUGUCCGCAACCCAGAUGUCCCCCUGGCCAAGUUCUCUGAUGGCCCAUUAGGGAGGAGAGAGAGAAGCAGGUCCAGAGAGCACAGCCAGCCCCAACACACAGGUCCCCCAGGCCUGCAGGUCCCCGUCCCCAUCAACGGGGCCACCACCAACGGUGCGGUUCUCCUGCGCAACCCCACAUCCACACUUGUCCUGGUCACCUCCAGCUCGUCCCUGACUCCAGCCACAGUGGGCCAAACCCUGUCCAGCCCCUCCACCCCUGGGUCAAUGCCCACUUCAUCGGGCUCAGUCCUGUCCUCCUCUGGUUCUGGAGGCAGGGAGAGGGAGAGAAAACCUGAGGGACACCAGGAUGCCUCUGGAGGGGCGCUGCCACAGCCAGUAGCCUGUCACCCGACGCCAACUGCCCUGCUGCCGCUCAUACUGCCAGCUGAGUCGCCUCACCCUGCUCCACGCAAGCAAAUCAUCAUGGGACGCCCAGGGACUGUUUGGACCAACGUGGAGCCUCGGUCGGUGCCAGUGUUCCCUUGGCAUUCGCUUGUCCCUUUCCUGGAGCCCAGCCAAUCAGGAACGGCUGCCCAGCCUGCCGAUGGCCAACAGCUUGUCAAUCAGAGCAAAGAGCCCCGCUGUGGUGUGGCCUUGGUGAGCGACGGACGGACAGGCCCUCCAGAUUUAGAGAGGGGAUCGCCGUCAUGCCCACCCCCGACCAAUGACAAUCCUCCUACAGACCGGGGCGGGGCUGACAGCGAGACAGAGAGCGAUACAGAUGACCCGUUUUCCCCGGGUGUGGCCAAUGAUCCGUCGCCCUCCACUGGCACCAUGAAGAGACGCACACAGUCCCUCAGCGCCCUUCCUAAGGACGGAGACAGGAAGAGGGAGAAGGACCACAUCCGCCGUCCCAUGAAUGCAUUCAUGAUCUUCAGUAAACGCCACCGCGCUCUGGUGCACCAGCGACACCCCAACCAGGACAACCGGACAGUCAGUAAGAUCCUGGGGGAGUGGUGGUACGCUCUGGGGCCCAACGAGAAGCAGCAGUACCACGAUCUGGCCUUCCAGGUGAAAGAGGCCCACUUCAGAGCCCACCCAGACUGGAAGUGGUGCAACAAGGACCGUAGGAAAUCGCUGUCAGAGGGUCGUGGGACACCAAAAGAAUCACGGGAGAGGAGCAUGUCUGAGAGCAUAGAUCCCCAUCCAGAGUCCCAGGUGCUCGAGGGGAAGGGAGGGGGCUCGGUCUGGCCAGGGGGAUCGGAGCGUCGAGGGGGGCUGUUUGUUGGGCAGCACCCCCGUCCCCGAGCCUUUUCCCAGAGUGCCGUGCACACCCUGGAGCAGAGGGAGAGAGAGAGAGACCUGGAGAAGGAGGACGGUGCGAGUUUAUUUCGCCACCGGCCCCUACCUCAGUCCCUCUACCAGGGCGGAGCCAGCGAGGACGUGACCAGCGAUGAAGAGCGCAUGGUCAUCUGUGAGGAAGAAGGGGACGAUGAUGUCAUGGAGGAUUCCUGUCCUGAAGGCUCCAUUGACCUCAAGUGUAAAGAGAGAGUGACAGACAGUGAUGAGGACGAACCAGACGGACAGCAUGGCUUCCAGCCAGUGGCUCACUCCUCUCUCUCCUCUUCCUCUCCCUCCAUCCCUCACUCUGACUCCACCUCAGCGAAAGGGAACGGAGGAGGAGGAGGUGGUGAAGAGGGCUCUGAGAGAAAGAGAAAGAGAGCUACAGACGGAGGAGAGGAGGGGAGCGAGGGAGUAUCCAAGAGAGAAGAAACAGCAGCAGGUGGAGGAGAGGGAGGUGGAGGUGGUGGGCAGGGUGUCUCCUCUCUGUCCAUCGCAGGCUUCACGUCCAGCACCGAGGCUCCCCUCGCUUUGGCCCAGCAGGGUUUGACCCAGGUCCUCGGCGCCGUCCACAUGGCUCCUUCUAUGGUGACCAAUGCAGUGCGACCCAUCGCCAGCACGCCCAUCCCCAUCGCCAGCAAGCCAUUGGAAGGAGCCGUCACCCUCAGCUCCCUGCCCCAAGACAAGAAAGCCACUCUCCUGAUUGGAGGAGGCGGACCUCAGCAGCUGCCAAUCACUGCAGGGGGUGGGUACCUGUCCUCAUCCUCCUCUCCUGGUCCAGUCAGUGUAACCCCUUUGGGGGGCAGCAGCCUGGUCACUAACCUGCUUCUAGGAGGGUCCUUUCCCGCUGCCAAACCAGUUCAGCUCCUCGCCCCGCAGCCCACGCAACAGCACGCACAAACUCCCCUACCUGUCCUCCAGCCCCAGCUCCACCCCACUGCCGCCACCUCCUCUCUCACACCUCCCACCGGCCCCAAGCCGCUAGCUCAGGUCCAGUACAUCCUGCCUACCGAGACCCCCUCCUCCCCUCAACUCACCCACCAGCAAAUUCUCUCCCUGCCCACCAAUGCCACCCUGGCCAAUGGCAUGCACUCAGGGGCGGGAAUCAGAGUUGCACCAGUCAGCCCCGGGACCAGAGUCCAAACCCAGUCGCCUGUCAUGCAGAGCAAAAUGUUGGUUCCCAUGGCAACAGUGAGAACAGGGUCUACUCCUCCUCAUCCUUCCAUUUCCCUGGUCGCUCCGCCUCUUCCUGUGCAGAACGGCCCCGCGUCAGGAAACAAGAUCAUCCAGAUCGCUCCCAUGCCUGUGGUCCAGACCAACGUUCACCCUGGCGGCGCAGCAGCAGUGCAUCCUGGGAGCCCCUUUCCUGUUUCCAUGGCAACGGUGAUGGCUCCCGGUGCCGCGCCCCCACAGACUGUUCUUCUGACCUCUCCACCCACCAGGAUCACCUAUGUCCAGUCUGGCCCAGGAGUUACCGCGGCAACACCCCAACAGGCCACACCCACUCCAGGCCCGGCCUAUCUCCCAUCAUCUUUGGCAACCCUGGGCUUCACCGCCAUCGCCCCGGCAGGGCAAACCCUGGUUCAGCCGAUCCUUGGUCAACCACCACUGUUAGCUCCAGCCCCGCCCCUGAGCUGUCAAUCACAGACCCCUCCAGGUCAGGCCUCAGGAACCGCUGGUCGUCAGGUACUAACUGCCAUCUACCCUGCACCAACCGUUGCACUGCCUACUGGCGUGGUCUCUGUGACCACCGUGCCGCCCGCAGUGGCCGCCCCAGCCCAGGACAUUAUAAACCCUUCCUCUCCGUUGGCAACGGGGGUGCCGGGUUCAGCGGUGGCGACCCCACAGCCUAACGUAGCAGUGGAGGUGGAGCCGAAGGUGGAGGUGAAGAGGGAGAGCCAGCUGGAUGGUCAGGCUGAGGAUGGAGGAUACGGGGUGCAGAGCUGUGCUGCCAGCUUCUCAUUGGCCACCUGUAUGAUUAAUGACACAGCAGUAAAAAAAGAGGAGGACAUCGGUCUGCACAUCAAAGAAGAAAAUCUAAGAGAUGGGCACAGCAGAGAGUCACGAAGCGAGAUGGACAAAGAGCGAGAGAGGGGGAUGAAGGAGAACAGUGAAAAGAAGGGAGGCAGAGACACAGACAGAGAGGACCACAGCAUGGGCGACAGCAGCAAAGAGGCUGGACCUCGUUCCCCUCCUGCACCACCCUCAGGUUUGGACCCCCCUCCCCCUCCCCCUGCAGAAAGAGACCCCCCCACUUCCUCAAAGAAGACCAAGUUCCGACCCCCACCGCUCAAGAAGGCACCCGACUCUCUCGAAAAGGUCUUGUCGGAGACGUACUUUGAGGAGCGUUUUGCUGAGCUUCCAGAGUUUAACCCAGAGGAGGUCCUGCCUUCGCCCACUCUGCAGAGUCUGGCCACCUCACCAAGAGCCAUCCUGGGAAGCUACCGCAGGAAGAGACGCAACUCCACCGAGCUGGAGCUGACAGCAGAAGAUCCCAGCUCCCCGAGGAGGAAGACUCGUCGUCUCUCCAGCUGCAGCUCGGAGCCCAACACCCCCAAAAGCGCCGCCAAGUGUGAGGGAGACAUCUUCACCUUCGACAGAGCAGGCACUGAAGGAGAGGAUCUUCUUGGAGACUUGGACCGGGUCCCCUACUCGUCUCUGCGUAGAACUCUGGAUCAGCGGCGGGCCCUGGUCAUGCAGCUGUUUCAGGAACAUGGCUUCUUUCCCUCAGCUCAGGCCACUGCUGCCUUCCAGGCACGCUACUCGGACACCUUCCCCACCAAGGUGUGUCUGCAGCUGAAGAUCCGCGAGGUCCGUCAGAAGAUCAUGCAGACGGCCACGCCUGGAACCCUCGAGCCUGGAGGGUCAGUGGAAGCCAGCCCUGCCCCGACCCACAGUUCCUCUUUUAAUCAAUCAGCCCGGGAGGACGGAGGGGCGGAGCAGCAAGGAGAUAAAGGCCGGGGCCCUGAGGAGCCAAAAAGCGAAGGAUCCUAA